AUGGCAGGUUCAAGUGACGCUCUCAUUAUCGGUGGUGGACCAGCCGGCCUUACUGCGGCUCUCACCCUGGCUCGUCAACAGCAGAGCUCAAUCGUUUUUGAUGCUGGAACCUAUCGAAACGACCCUGCAGACUACAUGCAUUUAAUCCCUGGAUUUGAUCACGUCAAACCGUCGGAAUUCCGAGAGAAAGCCAAGGACAAUAUUCUCUCGAACUAUGACCAAGUCCAGUUCAAGAAGAUAGCUGUGUCCAGCGUUCGAAAAGACGAGUCAAAUGGAGGCUUCUCCCUGACUGACGAAGCGGGAAAUGUAUGGAAUGGCAAGAAACUCAUCCUUUGCAACGGCGUCGAGGAUAUUUACCCCAAUAUCGACGGCUACGCUGAGUGCUGGGGCAAGGGAAUUUUCCACUGCUUAUUCUGUAAAGGCUACGAAGAGCGAGGAUGUACAUCAGCCGGUGUUCUUGCAGUUGGUGGACUUUCCAAAACCCCUUUGGCUCUGCACGUCGCCCGGCAGAUAUCCACACUCAGCCAGACAGUCACAAUCUACACAAACGGCUCUGAGGAUCUCGCCAAAGAAGUGAGCGCUGGAUUUGGGACAUCAACCGUGAUGAAGGUCGAAUCUCGCAAAAUCAAGAGCCUCUCCAAGCAACACGAGAAGGCGAGCGUCCUUCUCGAGUUCGAGGAUGGAAGCAGCGUGAUAGAGGGAUUCCUGGCACACACCCCCGAGACCAGACCUCGUGGUCCCUUCGCGGAGCAGCUAGGCCUGGAACAGACACCUAGUGGCGAUAUCAAAGCAGGUCCUCCCUUCUAUCAAACCACCGUCAAGGGUGUGUUUGCGGCUGGUGACAGCUGUGGAAUGAUGAAAAACGCUCCCCAUGCUAUCUUCUCCGGUUCUUUGGCUGGAAUGGGAGUAUCGGCUCAGAUUGCGGCGGAAACUCAGGGACAGCAGCCACUGUUUGGUUAA